AUGGCAUUGCUCACUUCGGCAAUCCAGACCUACAGCAUCCUUGCGACCGCUCUCGCAGCAGGAGCCAACCUCAGCACCUCCGUGAUCACCUUUCCGGCUCUCCUCCACGCUAAACCGCCAGUCCUCACGGAGCAAUGGCACAUUCUCUACAAUACGGGAAUCACUCCUGUGGUCGGGCUCGCAGCGACCGGAUCUGCCGGAUUCGCAACUCUCGCAUAUCGCGCUGCUGUUGCACCGGGGCUGAGCUCCUUAGAGGGCGGAUUAUGGACGAAGCGCAAUCUAUAUAUCGCAGCAGCCGCCGUGACGAUUGGCUUCGCGCCAUACACUCGGGUUGUGAUGUGGGAUACGAUCCAGGAGCUAGAGAGAAGAGCCAGGAGGGGAGAGGCUGAUGACAAAGAAAAUACCAGAGAAUUGGUGUUGAGAUGGGGGACGCUGAACUUGUGGAGGGGUGUCCUGUUGUUGACGGGCGCGGGACUGGGUAUGUGGGCGAGCGUUGUUUGA